UUCACCUAACAUAGAUGAGAGGCGUGGUCAUGUGGGCCCGGUAUAAAUGAAUGCGCAUCUGGAAUUUCACGAGAUAUUCACAAACCAACACAAUGAGCUCAUUGGACAACAGAGCUACCAUGCGUUGCUCAGUCACAUUACUCAUUCUGUUCUCCUGGGUGGCUCUCCUCUCUGGCCUCUGGCAGGGGGGGGGCCUGCCCCGCCUGGCCCGUGAACGCGCGCCCCUCCUCAUGCAGGAGAAGAGCCAAAGGGCCCUGCUCCUGGCUGCGGUGAAGUCAAGCAUCCUGAACUCCAUGGGGAUGGAGAAGGAGCCCAGUCCCGUUGAAAGGGCUUCUGAAGAGGAGCUGAGGAGCAUGUGGCGGCUCUACCGGGAAACCGUGAGGCAGCUGAGCGGGAACGCCAGUCAGGAGGGAGGAUCCUGGCAGCGUACAAGCAGGGCAUCGACUGUGCUUCUGCCCGCCACAGUAAAACGUCUUAAAGUGCUCCAAAGUGAUAAAGAACACCCAUCAAAUGUUCUGUGGUUCAGAGCUUUAUUCCACAAGAACCCAAACAUCAAGAAGCAGCUCUUAUCCACCCGGGCUGAACUCAAGCUCUAUAGACAGGCAUUGUAUAACUCUGAAACCGCAAAGCGCACGAUUUGGAAAGAGGUUCACACUACAAUCUACGAGGCAAAGUCACUGAAUUCUUCUCGGCUAAUUCCCAAGGAAAGCGUGGUCCAGGAAUUUUCUGCAGGAACUGGUGAUUUGACUGUAGACAUCAGAACUGAGGUAGAUAUGUGGAGAGGGACUUCUGACACCCACUCUCUGGUUGUGGAUGUAGGACUGGUAGUUGAAGAGGGAACUGACCCCAGUGGGAUCCCUCAGGUAGUCCUGGAAAUAGACCUUGUGGAGCCCAGGUCAGCAGGCAGAAAGAGACAGACUCGCUCUGACAGAGAGGACAACUGUGACAAGGACGGCCACUGCUGUCGAAAAUCUGCCAACGUGUCCUUCAAGGAGAUCGGCUGGUCGGAAUGGGUUGUGGCCCCCACAAGUUACAACAUGCACUUCUGCGAUGGCUCCUGCCCCCACAACUACAAGCCGGCCAGCAUGCACGCGCAGGUGAAGUCUCGCCUUCAUCACCUCAACCAGGGAGCGAUGCCUCGCCCGUGUUGUGUGCCCGCAGCUUUUGAACCUAUGGUCCUUAUGCACUAUGACAGUCGGGGAAAACUGAAACUCACGCCCUUCGAUGACUUGAUUGUCAGCAAAUGUCUCUGUGCCUGAGUUCGGCCGGGCAAGACCAGGCACAGACUAAACAAAUACCUGCUCCUGUUGGUGAGCAAUUAAAUAGAUACAGUACGCUACUACUUAUAAUAGAAGGGAUGACGUUUUGUCCCAUUGUGUUACCCACAUUCCUAGCAUUCUUUUCAACAUUUAAACAAAGGAAAAUACCGAACAUCAUUCAUCUUCCAUGGAUUUUGAGAGCAAAAGCUGUUUCACUGUCAACCAAACAAGUCACUGUGGAGCUAUGGCUCUAAUAUUUACUAUUUCAGUUGAAACGAAAAAAUCUAUGUUAUUCUCAUAUACCCAUACUUUCAUGUACUUUCAUAUACUAUAAACUAUUCUAAAAAAUUUCUUAUUUAUUGUAAUUUAUUGAACAGGGUACAACAUUUACUUUUUUGUUGUACUUUUUAUUGUUUAUAGUUUAUAAUGUUAUAAUAUUAUGUUCUUCACAUCACUGUACUGUAAAUGGAUGUGUUGAAUGUAAUGCUUUACUGUUUUACUUCCAAACAUCUUGAAAGUUUGUCAAUACUCUUGUUUGACAAUAAAAACAGAGACAACAAUAACAGAGUAUGAAUAUGAUAUCCACUGUGUUUUUCAGACUGUGCUUGAAUAUGUACAAAAAUAAAUAUAUUUAAAACAAAUAAACUGUGUUUUCCUAAUUCUCCACCAACAACAAUAUAACUUAGGAUUCUCACAUCCUUGUGCUUUACUGUCUAUUUGUUUUCAUAUAAAAUGUUAAAAGAUAGGGUGUGUCAUGGGAGACAUAAAAGAUAUGAAAGCAAAUAUCUUUCAGGUGUAGCCUUGAAAAAACUGACACUGUGGCCUUGACCGGAGAGGGAAUGACAGACAGGACAACUUAACUAAUCUUCUGCAUGACAGUGACAAUAUCACAAAGCACACAUGACGACAUGCAUUGUAAACUCUGCACCAGGAAGUGAUAUAUCUCUGAACAACAAAUACAAUGUAUUUUAAUGCAACAUAACAAAGGAAUAUCAAAGUCAGUACCCUAUCUAGAUAACCACAAUUCAGUAUUAUAGAGAUAAGUUUGGAUAAUUAAAGAGAAAACAAAUAAUCCUCAAGAUACUGCGGGUUAACUACAUGCAUC